AUGAACUUCUCAACUAACGCCAGCAAUGGGACUGAUGCAUUUGAUGAAGGAUUUUAUUUAAUUGCUUUCAACACUUUGGGCAAUAAGAACUACCUGAUACUUACAUUGGUAUUAAUCUACCUGAUCACUGUGCUAUGUAAUCUCAUUGUGUUGGUGGUGUGCCUGAUUAACUCCAGCCUACAUAACCCCAAGUUCCUUGCUGUCUGUAACCUUGCUGUGGUGGAUAUUUCGAUAAACAGUGUCAUCAUUCCACAAAUGGUUCCUGUAUUUGUGUUCAACCUCAGUCACAUCACUUUUCAAACAUGCUUCUCUCAGAUGUUCUUCAUGCACUUUUUUGGUGACAUGGAAUCCUUUUCUCUUGCCCUCUUGGCCUAUGAUCGCCUGAUUGCUAUCUGCUUUCCUCUGCGCUACCCUUAUAUCAACACCAAUCUGAAGAUGGGCCUCAUAAUAGUUGGGCUUUGGUUUCUAGUAUUUCUGCUUGAUAUUUUCCCAAUAACUCUGGCCAGCAAUCUCCCCUACUGUAGGUCUAGAGUGAUCCAGAGUUGUUGCUGUGAGCAUGGCCCAGUUUUUGUUCUAGCAUGUGGAGACAUCUCAUUUAACAAGAGACUGGCAACUGCUAAGACUCUGGUGGUUCUGCUUGGCCCUCUGACGUUCAUCAUUCUCUCUUAUGCUGUUGUGGUGUUUGCAGUGUUACGCAUUGCAUCUGCAACACAACGAGGGAAGGCCUUCCACACCUGCCUUACUCACCUGGUCCUGGUCCUAAUUUAUUAUGUGCCAGUGAUCCUGGCUUACAUACUAGGGAACAUGCGAUUAGUACAAUCAAAAGACGUUUAUACUGCAAUUCUGACAGUGUCCGUUACCCUACCACCCAUGCUGAACCCGAUCAUAUACAGCUUAAAGACUGAGGAACUGCGAGAUAAAGUGCUAAAAUAUCUUACACAGCCAAAAGUGACACCCUUGUGGCAAAAACAAGAGGUCAUCAAAGGGUGA